ACUGAAGCUAGUGGAUUUAGAGGUGUUUUAUUCAAUAAAAGCGAGCAGCAGACUUCAUAUUGACAUACUUGGAAGAAGAGGACUCCUGCCCCAAUAUUACAUUACAUUUUUAUUUGCCAGAGAUCAAAAGUAACUGCAGGACAAAUCCAUAGUUACAAUGUAUCUACAAUGCUUCCUUUGAAUUACAUAUAGCUUUCACAAACCUGCUUCUUCGCACCCAUACUCCAGACACCCAGAUUGAAUGUUAAAUCAGUAUUGUCUGGUUUGCAAUCAAAUGCUGGCUAUGUCUGCAGGAGAACUAAGUCAAGUCGAGUCAGAUCACUUUUAUUGUCAUUUCGACCAUAACUGCUAUGUACAGUACAUAGUAAAAAUGAGACAAAGUUUUUCAGGACCAUGGUGUUACAUGACACAGUACAAAAACUAGACUGAACUACGUAAAAGAACAACAGAGAGAGAGAGAAAAAACACAACUACACUAGACUGCAGACCUACCCGGGACUGCAUAAAGUGCACAAAACAGUGCAGGCAUUACAAUAAAUAAUAAACAGGACAAUAGGGCAGUAAGGUGUCAGUCCAGGCUCGGGGUAUUGAGGAGCCUGAUAGCUUGAGGGAAGAAACUGUUACAUAGUCUGGUCGUGAGAACCCGAAUGCUUUGGGGCCUUUUCCCAGACGGCAGGAGGGAGAAGAGUUUGUAUGAAGGGUGCGUGGGGUCCUUCUUAAUGCUGUUUGUUUUGCGGAUGCAGCGUGUAGUGUAAAUGUCGGGGUCUUGCGAUCCGAGAUGGUGCAAUUUCCGAACCAGGCAGUGAUUCAGCUGCUCAGGAUGCUCUCAAUACGACCGUUGUAGAAUGUGAUGAGGAUUGGGGGUGCGAGAUGGACUUUUCUCAGACUUCGCAGAAAGUAGAGACGCUUCUGGGCUUUCUUUGCUAUGGAGCUGGUGUUGAGGGACCAGAUGAAAUUCUCCGCCAGAUAAGCCCCAAGAAAUUUGAUGCUCUUAACGAUCUCUGCCGAGGAGCCGUUGAUGUUCAGCGGGGAGUGGUCGCUUCGUGCCCUCCUGAAGUCAACAACCAUCUCUUCUGUUUUGUUGUUCUAUUGUUCAGGGCUACAUUUAAAAUUCAAUCUACAAUCCACGUUCAGGUCUGAGGAUUGGUUACCGGUGAAAUUAAUAUUUGCUAGACACCUUAACUCCGCAAUACGCCGUAACACUGUAACUGGGCUCGAGUUUCCUAUCAAACUGCGUAUGGACAUGAAUACAAAAGUGGACCGAUUGCUGGCACAGAGCGAAGUGUUAGCCCGCGUGAAUAACUGAUCAAGAAAGGCACUUUCAAUUUGCAGUACAGGUUUCAGCACAAGAAAACAAUCACUUUCUCUUUGAGAUUCGUAGCCGAAAAUGUCAAGGAAAAGCCGAGCGGGUUUUCAGACCAUUCUGCUGUACUUUCUAACGUUUUUUUUCCGCACGGAGACCCAGCCCUGAAGCUGCCAGGAUCCUUGCCAUCUCCGCAGACUGGAGCCACUGGAUCAUCAUGAAAUCCCUGCUCCUGGAACUGGUGCAAAGGGGGCACGAGGUGACGGUGCUGAGGGGCAGCAGUUCGCUAAAGAUUGAAGCAACGUCCGAAAUUUUCACCAUGGAAACUAUCCGUAUUUCGGGAGAACAGGCACAUGAGGCUCUUACAGAAGACAAAGUUCAUGAUUUUAUCUUCAACUUCUUAUACGUGGAAGAUGGUUUCCUCUCCAGCAUCUCCGCUGCCCGCACCUUGAUAGGAACGUUCUCCUUCAAUUUUGAAGUGAUUUCUCGGUUCAUUCAGGGACUGUUCGAGGAUCACGCUUUGAUGGAUCGGCUGAAAGCUGGAAGAUUUGACGUCGUUUUGGCAGACCCUUUCCAUGCAGCCGGUGCCAUGCUGUCCCAUGUACUUGACACACCGCUGGUGUUUUUCGGCAGGUGGACGAUAUCCGAGGACGUCCACUUAAGCUUAGCCUCGUCGCCACUUUCCUUUGUGCCCAUGUUCAAUUCACGUUUGAGCGACAGAAUGUCGCUUGUGGACAGAUUGAAGAACGUGCUGGUGUACGGACUGUCUAAAUUCAUAAACCACUUCUACGUUUACCCAGCUUACAAUCGGCUUUGUCAGCUUUACCUCAAUGAUGAAAUUACCGUGGAAGAACUUUAUCGAAAGGUUGAUAUCGUCUUAAUGAAGGUUGAUUUUGUUUUUGAGUAUCCCCGGCCGACCAUGCCAAACCUGAUUUACAUCGGAGGUAUCCAGUGCGGUCCGGGGCGACCGCUCCCUGCUGAUCUGCAGCGAUUCAUGGACAAUUCUGGCGAGGAUGGCGUGGUGAUCUUCUCCUUGGGAAGUAUAGUAGGCACUAUUCCUCCAGAAGCGGCGAGUGAGGUCGCGGCAGGACUGGCCAGACUCCCUCAGAGGGUCAUCUGGCGGUAUAUUGGAGCGCUACCCCCGAAUUUAGGAAACAACACGAAAACCUUGAGCUGGUUUCCACAAAAUGACCUGCUGAGUCAUCCAAAGACAAGAGCGCUCAUCACUCACGGCGGUGAGAAUGGGCUUUAUGAGGCCAUUUAUCAUGGGGUCCCCGUGGUUGGUAUUCCAAUUUUUUUUGAUCAAUAUGAUAACCUUCUGCGUCUCAAAACCCGAGGAGCAGCGGUCAUGUUAGACUUGGCUCACAUUAAAAGCGAUGAUAUUUUCCAUGCAGUGAAGACAGUCAUCGAAAACCCUUCCUAUGCAGAGAACAUGAAACGAUUAUCCGCCUUGCACCGAGACGUUCCAGUGCGGCCAAUGGAGCUGGCUGCUUUCUGGAUUGAAUACACAAUAAGGCACCGGGGGGCUCCUCAUUUUAGAGCCGCGGGUAAUGAUCUGCCAUUCUAUCAGUACCACUUACUGGAUGUGUUUACCAUUAUUGUGGUUUUCAUAGGGCUUUUCCUUUAUCUUGUAUUUAAAUUAUUUAACGUUUUACUUGUCAAAUUGUGUUCGGGGAGGAAGAGGAAAAGGGACUAAAUAAAGAGAGUGACAGAUGGAA